AUGUCUUGCAAGAAAAUCAGUCAUUCUCGCCUCUCUCUCUUUCUCUCUCUCUCUCUCUCUCUCUUUUGUUUAUCAGUUCGUUCUCUCACGUUCUCAUUUUCGUCAUGCUUUGUUAUUCUUGUCUCUCUCGCUUCCCACUCUCUUCUUUUUCCUCUCUUUUUACAGCCUCAUUCUGACAGCAUUCUCUCUCCUCUUGUCUUCUUUUAUAAACCCUUUAUUUCCCCCCUUCUCUCCUCUGUCUCUCUCUCUUGUUCCUCCCUUUUUUUACCCCCCAUUCUUUCAGCUUCUCUUGAUUUCUCUUUAUCUCCUCAUUCUUUUUUUCUUUUCUCCCUUUUUCUUCUUUCUUUUUACCACCUGAUUCCUUUUACUUUCUCUUUUCUUUUCUUUUCUUUCACAGAAUUCUUUCUUUCUUUUUCUCUUUUUUUUUCUUUCCUUCGCUCUUUUUCUCAAUUCUUUUUCUUUUUUUCUUUCUUUCCUUUCUCUUUCAUACUUUUCUUUCUUUUUCUCUCUUUACUCUUUCUCGCCUAUCAUCUCAUGUCUUUUUAUUUUUUCAUCUUUUUCUUUCUUUCCUUCCUUUUAAAUUCUUUAUUUAAAUUUUCUCUUUUUCUUUCUUUCCAUUUCUCUUUCUUUCUUUCUUCUUUUUUUUUUCUUUCUUUUUAUUUCUUUUUCUUUUUCUUUUUCUCUUUUUUCUUUCUUUUUCUUUUUUUCUUUCUUUCUUUUUUUCUUUUUUUUUUCCAAUUUUAA